UUCGUCAAUCCUUGCUGUCAAUCACUCGAGGGGCGGGACUAAAGCUGGUUGUGUUUCGUAUGCCUUUCGGUCUGACAUGAAGGAAAGCUGCUGUAUGUCUCUGUAACUCAGUGAUGUGAGGACACACUGUUUCUGCAGCCUAAGGUGCAAUAACCGCACACACUGACCACGGAUGCAUCUGAAGAAUGAGCACCAAGUCGAGUGCCGGAAAAGUGCGGAACGCAGACAGCAACCCUUGUAUAGAGGAGAGUGAUGGAUCCCAAAAGUGCCUGGAAGCAUAUAACUACGAUAAGAACAUGUGCUCUGCGUACUUCAUGAAGUAUAAGAACUGCAGGAAGUACUGGCAUACUGUGAUGCUACAACGAAGGCGUGAAGGUAUAAAGCCUGAUAUGCCUACAGCUAGAGAGAGGGAAGAAAUUCUAGCUUCUCUGGGAGGGAAGCCCUACUGACUUUUAAUAGCAGAACACUGACUGUGCCUCUCUGAGGUGAAGUGUGUGUGUGGAUGAGUGCAUCCUUCUAAUAGGAAGCCUUAAAUACUUUAUUUACACUUCAGCCCGGU